CGCCGCUCUGCCGCUCUGCGAACCCUUCUCCCUCUCGGGUUUACCUUCGUCACAGCUUACAGCUACUCUCUAUUUCUCUGACCGUCUCCUUAUCGUCGUUCCCCCUUGCCGCCCAGUUGCUCGGGGCUUGGUGCUCGGUGCCGCCUUCGAUUCACAACUCCGAUUGCUCGGUGCCGCCGUCUAUUCAUAAACCCAAACUGGGCUGAACCGCCGUUUCCGUGCAACACGAAUCGUCGCUACCCCUUGCCGCCGUCGAUUCACAAACACAAACUCCGAUUACUCGGUGCCGCCGUCGAUUCAGCUUAAACGGAGUAACUUAACACCUGUGGAUCUAAGCUGGUUUCAACUUUUAAUCAAAAACCAAGCUCAUGAACUGAUCUGACCCAUUGGAAGAAUGAAAUAAUAAUUGAUGUUUACAGGAACCAGACUAAAGCUAAAAGUCUCAGACUCUCAGUCAUCACUAUUUGAUAAAAGGGGUAUGGCUGGUUGGUCAUCAGAGGUUGGGUUGACUAAGAAGGUGUGGCUGGUUGGUCAUUGGAGAUUGAGUUCAUGAAGGGGUUGGUUGGUCAGUUGAAUGGAAGCAAAAUAUAAAGUACAAAGACACCAAUUUGGUUGGAGAUUGACUUCAACGGAUUGGUAUCCUUUGAUCUUGAUUGCUCUUCAGCUGAAUUUGUGAACUGGGUGUGUGAUAUAGUGCACUGAUAUGAAGGUUUCUAUAAUGUUACAUAUAUAUAACCAUAUAUGGGUGUGUACCAUCUCCUGAUAGUCAUAUAUAAGAGAUCCUGUAAGAAGUUCCAAGUCACCUGGGUCUAGUACUUCAGUCUUCUAAGGAGGCAAUAAAUUAACCUAGAAGAACUGCAAAACAGCAUAUCUUGUCUUUCAUUGUAUAUGCUCAAAUUCAACUAUGCUAGGAUAUUGUUCGUAGCAUUAUUGGUUCUCAAUUAACAUGUAAAUUUUAUAGUGCAGAACCCCACACAUUAACAAAAUUAGAAAAUGUUGUUCACAACUUCAGUCUCACAAACUGAUAUUUCUCAACCUGCUAGUGCUAAGAUAUCUCAUUGGAAAGUGUUGGAACAUCUUUAUUAAAUUAUGAAAGGGUUAGCCGUGAAGGGUGAUUUUCAACUGCCCAUAUCUUAAUAUUUGUUUACUAUGGUGUUCAGUUUCUUGGUCUGAAGUCACAUCUUUUGUAAAUACGGGUUCCAAAUUUCAAGAAUGCCAAGUAAAGAUAAAGUUUAUAGUUGUCAAGAUUAUAUAAUAUCAAUCAUAUUACUCAGCGGUGUGUGUUUCUGUGUUCUUUGUCAGUGGUUGUCUUUGUUCAAAGAUACCAAUCCAUACUGCAAAGAAACCACCAUCAGAUAAUUGUUCACUGGGCAAUUCUCUCUGACAAUAUUUGCAACUGGGUCUUAAGUGCUUUCCCCAAGCGAAUCUUAUCUCUGGCCGGUCAUGUUUGUUCGUCGAGUUGCUGGGGCAUUGCCGCCAGCGAGAAGGUUAUUUAGCAGAAACAACAGUCAUGAUCUUUCCAGUUCCAUUGCCGAGCUUAAUAAGGAGAUGGAGUCUAUAUUUGGUGAACCUCCUCCAACUAAUCUUGCCAGUUCAGGUAACAACCAGUUUAUGGUCCAGGAUUCUCAGUCUCCAUCUCCAAAAACUAAAGAAAUUGAAGUUGGCUUCACCCAUAUUGGCAGCAAGGGGGAAGCUCAAAUGGUGGAUAUCUCCGUGAAAGAAAUUAGCAAAAGGGUGGCUGUUGCGAGUUGCAAAGUUAUUCUGGGUAAAAAGGUGUUUGAUUUGGUCUUAGCCAACCAAUUGGCCAAGGGAGAUGUGCUAGCCGUGGCAAAAAUUGCAGGCAUAAGCGGAGCAAAGCAGACAAGUAGCCUCAUCCCGCUUUGCCACAAUAUCCACUUGACGAAUGUACGCGUUGAUUUGACACUAAAUCCGAUUGACUUCAGUGUCGAAAUAGAAGGCGAAGUUGCUACAACAGGGAAAACCGGCGUGGAAAUGGAAGCAAUGACGGCAGUGACUGUUGCAGGUCUGACAGUGUAUGAUAUGUGCAAGGCUGCUUCCAGAUAUAUUCAGAUCACCGAUGUAAGGCUCGAGCACAAAACUGGUGGCAAAAGCGGGGAGUGGUCAAGGGACAAGUAAUGGGUUUCUGAACUGAAGUGGGAAUCGCAUAAAAAGAAAUGGGCAUAGUUUGAUAUCACUGGGGCCUCGUGUGCCAGUUUCUCAUGAUACCCCAAGUUAGCCAAUGCAAGAUGAGGCUGGAAGAUAGGAGAAAGCUCAAGGAUGAAUGCCAUCAAAAGGGGAGGGGGGGGGGAUGCCCUUCACAAGAAAAGUCGGCAUUGUGUUCCUGGGGACUAGCUUAGGGCCUUGUUCUGUAUUUAUUGUCAUUUCUUAUUAAUUAAAUUCUAGUAACUUUAUUGAAUGUGUUAGAUAAAUGCACCUACGUAUCAACUCCCAUAUAAAUAUCCACGUCAAUAUUCCUAUUGUGGAAAAAUGGGAACCUCAUUUCAAAAUUCUUAUACAUCAAGUUGGCAAUAGAAAGGGGAUGGUUCUGAAUUA